CUCAUGGCCACGCUGCAGCAGUUGCCACUCCAUCACAUGGACGAAGAACAGAUUGAUCUACCAACGCCACCGCUGCCCAUUAAUCCGCCGACAAAGCUGCUUGCCAAUGGGAUUAUCUAUGGCUUUCGCACACGUCAUUUGUCCUGCAUCGAGGAGAACGACUCUGACUCGCUGGCCGGCAGCUCCAUUCCUCAUGCCUACGACAUGAUGCAGCAGGCGGACGAGACCUUCCAGAAGCUGAACGCCACUGCAGGGCAAAGCUGUGAGGAGGAGGACGAGGGGGAGGGUCAGUCUGGUAGCGAGGAUGAGGAAGCCAAUCUGGAUGAUACGAUUGCCAUGAUCGAUGAGUCGCGUCUGUGCGAUGCCGAUUAUCUGGAUGAGCUGGUGGCCGAUGAGCAACAGCAGCAGCAGCUGGAGGAGUCCUCGGAUCUAGUCGACUCUGGCAAUGUGGAGGAGGAUUACUGGCAGCACAGCUUCAAUCGCAAUGACAUUAUGAUGACGUCCGUCUACGGCACACUGAAUGGUUCCAUAGCUAGUGAAAUUUCCUCGACAGCCCCACCGCCGGCGUACACAGAGAUGAGCACCCCCAAAAAGGAAAGAGAACAACCCGAACCCGUGUAUGCCACGCCCGAGAAGCGUCGCGCCAGCAACCGCAGCUUUGACUCCACCUGCGCCUCCCUCACCAGCUCCAUUUACGGCGGCUCCAUGAACUCCUCCCUCGAUCUCAAGUACUCCUCUCUGGUAGUCUCAGCGAGCGGCGGCGGCGACUCUGGCGGCAUCAGUGCCACAAGCACACUGCGCGGCACCUCCGUCCCACCCAUGGACAUAUCCAUGAUGUCCAGCGAUGGCGUGAGUGCCCUUGACUGGAGUUCCGUAAGUGCAAGCUGCGGCGUCCUGGACACGGACUAUGCUGCUCAUCCCGAGGAGGAGCUGGACGAGGAGGCAUCCGCCAAAUGCCUGAGUGCAGCAGAGACUGAUCUCCAGUCCAUACGACGUCUGCUGGAACACGAUGCCAGCGGCUCUGUGUGCCCCUCCUGCCGCAUCUCCUUCGACAAGGGCAAGAGACGGAAACUGAUCGACACCUGCGGACACGAGCGCUGCUAUUCCUGCAUGUUCCGCAACGAUCAGUGCCCCAUGUGCAUGAACAGCUCCCUGAAAGAUGUUGAUGGCGCCAAUGCUCAGGGCUACGAUACGGGUAUCGGUGGCUCCACAUCCACCAUCGUGAGUCCGCUGGGAUCGCCGCAGCCGCAGCUGAGAUCGCAUGCGCAGAGGAACGCGGCCCUGGCCCGCUAUAUGCAGCAGCAUCGCCAGGAGUCGCAGUCGCCGGACUUCCAUCGCUAUGCGAGCAAUGGCAAACUGCCGCGGGCCAACGCUUCGGCUGUGGCUGUGGCUGCAGCAUCGACAAAUGGCAAUGGAUUCGUGGCUGGAGCCACACAAACCGUCACCGUGGAUGUGCACAACCACAAUGGGCCAGCUGGCAUUGGAAAUGGGACUGGGGCUGGCGGCAAGCAAAGCAACAUCAUCCACAGCCACAGCCACAACCACAGCCGCAGCAACAGUCUCAGCCACAACAUCCAUGCGGCGGCGUACAGCGAACUGAGUGCGGCACCACCGGCUUUUGCCACACCGCCGACGCGUAGGCGGUUCUUCAACCACAAGAAUCUGCGCAGCGCCCUCACAGGAGGAGGUGGUGGCGGAGUCAGCGGUGGAGGUGGAGGUGGAGGCGGAGGCGGGGGCCAUCGACGCACAGCCUCGAACGGAGGCUGUCCCAUUGACACGGCCUCGAUCCUGACUGGCGAUCAUCAUCAACGUCAUCAUCAUCAUCAUCGCGAUGAGCAAGCGAGAGGCAAGGAAUCGAAUGCCCUGAACACCUCCACCUGCUCGGACUCGGCGGUGACCCGCAGACGCCGCAAGAGCGUCAGCAGCAACAACCUAAAGACCUCGACCUCGGCCAACAGUGAGAAUCGCCUGAAUCGACUCAGCCUGGCUGGCACCUCAGUCUACGCGGGCCACCUGUCCUCGCUGGUAUUUGGCAAGAUCAAGUCCCUGUGGAGCGUCAACUCGUCCAACUCGAGCGAGGCGGGACUCAAUCAACUAGCAGGUGGCGGCGAUGCCUUGGACCAUCACUCUUCGUUUCUCAACGAGAAGCUGCAAAAGGAUCAGCUGCAUGCACGGCUGGGCCUGCUGCUGAACGACAAUUGCAAUGGCAACUCGAGCAGCAGCGAUCCCUCGCCCCACUCGACGAGCACCACCAGCAGCAGCGGAGUGGGUGCCGCCAGCAGCACCACCACGAGCAGCUCCUCCCAGAACGUCAGCCCCGAACAGACGCUGGCCAGUGGCGGUUGCGCGGGGCUGCUCAGCGGCAGUCAGCUGUCGGUGGCCACCAGCCACCUGGCCAAGGAUGACACUCUGAGCCUGUCCAGCAAAUUCAAGGUCGGUUGCUCCAUGCUGCAUGUAUACGAGGCGUUGCCGCUGCCCGGCAAGAGCCGCAAGGGCGCCACCCGACGCUCGACGCGAACCAGCCAACAGGCGUCCGCUGCGGCAAGCAAUCGAGUGGCGGGAUCCACGCUGGCUGCUGUGAAGCUGGCCCUGAAGCCGUUGUUCUUUGAGGUGCCGCUGCAGGAGCCAGAUCCGCCGUACGUCGGCCGCCAGUGGCUGGUGCAGCAGCUCUCGAACAUACUCCUCGGCACCGAGACCCGCGUGGUGUUGAUCAACGGACAGCCGGGCACGGGCAAGACCGCCUUCUGCCUGCAGCUGGUGGAGUACUCGUGCUUCGGCCGUCGCCAGAUGCAGGAGGACCCUGAUGGCAUCUACAGCCAGCUCCAGCUGGGCUCUCACAACGAGCGCAUGCGCGGCCUGGCCUCCCACAUGGUGGGCUACCACUUUUGCCAGGCGGACGCGAAUCUCACGUGCCAGGUGCCGGACUUUGUCCACUCUCUGGCAGCGCAGCUCUGCCAAGCGCCACAGCUGACGGCGUACCGCGACUACCUGCUCUCGGAGGCCCAUCUCCAGGAGAUCCUGAGUGUGCGCGAGUGCAUCGCAGAUGCGGAGCGCGUCAUGAAGCUGGCCAUCCUCGAGCCCCUCGCGCAGCUGCAUCGAGCGGGCAAGAUUCCCGCCAAGGUGGCCGUCAUCCUGGUGGAUGCGCUCUGCGAGGCGGAGUACCAUCGACCCGACCACGGGCACACCAUUGCCAGCUUUUUGGCACAACUGACGCCCCACUUCCCAGCCUGGCUGAAGCUGGUGGCCACCGUGCGCACCCAGAUGCUGGAGCUGGUGAAGGCGCCCAGCUACACGCAGCUCACGCUCGACAGUUGGGCGAGCAGCCAGUCGCUGCAGCAGGACAUGCUGGACUACAUAGGGGCCAGGCUGUCGCACAGCACGGACAUACAGCACAACAUCGGAGGAGCGAGUUCCGGACAGGGGCAGCCGGCACAGGCACAGACCAAGUUCGUGUCCCACCUGCAGUCGCUGAGUCGCGGCUCGAUGCUGUAUGCGAAGCUCAUCCUGGAUCUCAUUGCACGUGGCCAGCUGGUGAUCAAGUCCUCCAGCUACAAGGUGCUGCCCGUCUCGCUGGCCCAGAUUUUUCUGCUGCACUUCAACCUGCGCUUCCCCACCGCGCGCAGCUUCGACCAGGCGGCGCCCAUACUGAACGUCUGCCUGGCGGCCCUCUACCCGCUGACACUGGACGAGAUCUACUAUAGCAUGGAGGCGCUGAGCCACGGCCAGGAGCCACUCAGCUGGCCGGACUUUAUGCAGCGCUUCAAGCUGCUCGAUGGCUUCCUGAUCAAGCGACUGGACAACACCUACAUGUUCUUCCACAGCUCGCUGCGGGAGUGGCUGAUGCGCCGGGACGAGGGCGAGUCCAGCAAGUUCCUGUGCGAUGCCCGGCUGGGCCAUGCCGCCAUUGCCUUCCGCCUGUCGAGACUCCAGGCUCCCCUGUCGCCGCAACUGACGCUGGAGCUGGGCCACCACAUGCUCAAGGCGCAUCUGUACGGCGGCAGCAGCCAGACCAUUCUCUCGCCCCGCGAUCUGCAAUCGUACUGGCUGGCCGGAGCGGCGGACAAUAUUUCAGCAGCGCUCGGAGCUCUGCGCAAUGUGUACAGUCCCAACCUGAAGGUGUCCCGCCUGGUGCUGCUGGCGGGCGCCUCGCCCAACCAUCGCACGGACUACAUGGGAGGUGCUCCGAUCCUGUGCAUUGCAGCGCACGAGGGCAUCCUGCCCAUGGUGAGUCUGCUGCUGGAGUUUUGCGCCGACGUGGGGCUGACCAAUAGCCAAGGAUGCACACCGCUCAUUCUCGCAGCCAUGCGCGGACACUGCGAUGUGGUGCGGCCGCUGGUGGCCGCUGGCAGCAGUCUCGGCCAGCUGGACAUCACCCAGAGGUGCGCACUGGUACAUGCCGCUCGCAUGGGCCACCUAAGUGUGGUCAAGUAUCUGCUGGCCUGCGAGUGGACGCCGCGUCCCAACAGCCAGGAUGUGAGCCGUUCUGUGGCUCUGCAGCAGGCUCUGAUCGGAGCCGCUGCCCAAUCGCAUUGCAAGAUCCUCGAGGAUCUGCUAGACCUAAACGAGAACGAGUUCGAUCUGGAUGUCAAUGGCCUGGAGCCGAGCAGUGGCGAAUUGGCGCUCACGGCUGCCGCUCGACACGGAUGCGUGGACGUUGUCUGCAUUCUGUUGUCGCGUGGCGCUCAAAUCGAUGCCCGCAACCGGCAGGGAUACUCUGCCCUUUGGCUGGCCGUAAAGGAAGGCCACUGGAGCGUGGUGGAACAGCUGCUUCAGAGGGGAGCGCUGGUGGACGAGCCGCUGGGCCAGACCCGUAAGACGCCGCUGAUGAUUGCUGCGGAAGAGGGCCACCUUGAGCUGGUGGAACUUCUGCUGGCACGCGGAGCAGCGCUGGAAGCGCAGGAUCACGAGGGAUUCACUGCCCUGAGUUGGGCCUGUCUACGGGGACACUUGGCGGCGACCAAGUGCCUCCUGGAGCACGGCUGCAACCGCCACCACGAGGACCACAACGGACGCACGUCGCUGGAUCUAGCUGCCUACCAGGGAGCAGCCGGACUCGUGCUGUAUCUGCUGGACCAAGGCGGCAAUCUGGAGCACAUUGAUGUGCAUGGAAUGCGACCCUUGGACCGUGCCAUCGCCUGCCGCAACAUCCAGGCUGUGCAGGUGUUCCUGCGCAAGGGCGCCAAGCUGGGGCCCACGACCUGGAGCAUGGCCAUGGGCAAGCCGGAGAUCCUGGUGGUGCUCCUGAACAAGCUGCUCGAGGACGGCAAUGUGCUGUACCGAAAGAACCGCUUCCAGGAGGCAGCUCAUCGUUAUCAAUAUGCGCUGCGCAAGAUCUCCGGUCUGGAGCAGCUCCUAGAGCGGAAUGCGGUCUUUGCCCAACUGCGCACCAAUCUGCUGCUGAAUCUGUCGCGCUGUAAGCGCAAAUUGAAUGAACUUGACGAUUCCAUAGAUUUGGCAACGCAGGCGAUUGCCCAGAAGCCGCACAGCUACGAGGGCUACUACGCACGGGCCAAGGCGCGAAUGGAGCAGGGUGCAUUGAAUGAGGCUCUGGUGGACGCAAAUGAAGCCAUGCAGCAGGCCGCCCAGAGCGGCGUACUCAGCGAGGUUGUCGAGGUGCUGAAGCGCAUUCAGACCGAGCUGCUUACCCGCAUCUCCAUCAGCAGCGAGGAUCACUUCUCCUCCGGAAAACUGCCACCACACGUUGGCAGCGUCAGCGGCGUCGGCGGGGCCUGCGCCAUCUACGAAUCUCAUCACGAGAUCACCGAUUUGUAAAUGUCGAUUGUUGUGUAUUGUUUUACUCCUGCUAUCCCAUUCGAAUUAAUCACAGUUCUAAAUUUAAAACUACCUUUAGGUCUAACUCUAACUGUUUGCUAUUUAUUGCCUUUGAAAGUUGUAAUUUAAAAUUAUUACUCGUAUGUCCUUUAAAUUCUUUUUAAUUGUGUAAU